AGAAAUAUGAAACGCAAUGGAAGCAGAAAUUGUUUAAACAGGAGAAGUAGGUUUGGUUCUCGAGAAAGAGACUGGCUAAGAGAAGAUGUGAAGAGGGGCUGUGUUUACCUUUAUGGAGCAGACACCACCACUGCCACUACAACCACCACCGCCGCCUCCUCCUCUUCCUCCACCUCCUCUUCUGACUUACAUCUUGUUCUUUGCACAGUAGAUACACCAGCAUCAGAAAUAUGUGCUGGAGAGGGAAGAGAAAGUCUUUAUUUACAGCUUCAUGGAGACCUGGUCAGGAGGCUGGAACCUACUGAACGACCUCUUCAGAUUGUCUAUGACUACUUAUCCAGGUUGGGGUUUGAUGAUCCUGUGCGCAUACAGGAGGAGGCUACCAAUCCUGACCUCGGCUGUAUGAUUCGAUUUUAUGGUGAAAAACCAUGCCAGAUGGAUCAUCUGGAUCGAAUCCUACUGUCUGGCAUCUAUAAUGUACGCAAGGGAAAGACCCAGCUGCAUAAGUGGGCUGAACGCCUAGUUGUUCUCUGUGGUACCUGCCUUAUCGUUUCCUCAGUGAAGGAUUGUCAGACUGGAAAGAUGCACAUUUUACCUCUGGUUGGGGGAAAGAUAGAGGAAGUGAAGCGACGACAGUAUUCCCUUGCAUUCAGUUCAGCGGGAGCCCAAGCUCAGACCUAUCAUGUCAGCUUUGAGACUUUGGCUGAGUACCAGAGAUGGCAACGGCAAGCGUCCAAGGUGGUGUCCCAGCGAAUCAGUACAGUGGAUCUCUCAUGCUACAGCCUCGAGGAGGUUCCUGAGCAUCUCUUCUACAGUCAAGAUAUCACCUACCUCAACUUACGACACAACUUCAUGCAAUUAGAAAGACCAGGGGGCCUUGACACGCUAUACAAAUUUUCUCAACUGAAAGGCUUGAACUUGUCCCAUAAUAAACUUGGACUGUUUCCUGUAUUGCUGUGUGAGAUCUCUACCUUGACUGAGCUCAACCUUUCCUGUAAUGGAUUUAAUAAUCUACCCAGUCAAAUAGGCAAUCUGCUAAAUCUUCAAACUCUCUGCCUUGAUGGCAACUUUCUGACUACUUUACCUGAAGAAUUGGGAAAUCUACAACAGCUUUCCUCCCUGGGAAUUUCCUUUAACAACUUUAGUCAAAUUCCUGAGGUUUAUGAAAAACUCACUAUGUUAGAUAAGGUGGUUAUGGCAGGAAAUUGCCUGGAAGCCCUAAACCUAGGGGUGCUGAGCAGGAUGAGCCACAUCAAGUAUGUGGAUUUAAGGAUGAACUGUUUGAAAACCAUGGUUCUUGAAAAUCUGGAGGGAAAUAGAUACAUCACUCACAUGGAUCUGCGGGACAACCAGCUGACUGACUUAGAUCUCAGCUCCUUAUGCAACUUAGAGCAGCUGCACUGUGAGCGAAACCAGCUGAGGGAACUGACACUCAGCGGCUUUUCCCUUAGGACUGUCUACGCCAAUUCCAACAAGCUGACAGCAGUGAAUGUCUAUCCGGUACCCAGUCUACUCACUUCCCUAGAACUCUCCCGAAACCUUCUAGAAUGUAUUCCUGACUGGGCCUGUGAAGCAAAGAAGAUAGAAAUAUUAGAUGUGAGCUAUAAUCUUCUCACAGAGGUUCCUAUGAGAAUUCUGAGUAGCUUGAGUCUGAGAAAACUGAUGGUGGGACACAAUCAUGUGCAAAACCUUCCAAUGCUGGUGGAACACAUCCCUCUCGAGGUAUUGGAUAUUCAGCAUAACAUACUUACCAGGCUGCCAGACACCCUCUUCUCCAAGGCCUUAAAUCUCAGAUACUUGAAUGCAUCUGCAAAUAGUCUGGAGUCUUUACCAUCUGCCUGCACUGGGGAGGAGAGUCUGAGUAUGCUGCAGCUGCUUUAUCUGACCAACAAUCUCCUGACAGAUCAGUGUAUACCUGUUCUGGUGGGACACCCACACCUGCGCAUCUUACACCUUGCAAACAACCAGCUACAGACCUUUCCUGCAAGCAAACUAAAUAAAUUGGAGCAAUUGGAGGAACUGAACCUGAGUGGCAACAAGCUUAAAACGAUUCCCACAACCAUAGCAAACUGCAAAAGGCUGCACACCCUUGUCGCACACUCCAACAACAUCAGCAUUUUCCCAGAAAUACUGCAGUUGCCUCAGAUUCAGUUUGUGGACCUGAGUUGCAAUGACUUGACAGAAAUCUUGAUUCCAGAGGCUCUGCCUGCUACAUUACAAGACCUUGACCUGACUGGAAAUACAAAUCUCGUUCUGGAACACAAGACGCUGGACAUAUUUAGCCAUAUCACAACCCUCAAAAUUGAUCAGAAACCUUUGCCAACCACAGAUUCUACUGUUACGUCAACCUUCUGGAGCCAUGGACUGGCUGAGAUGGCAGGGCAGAGAAAUAAGCUGUGUGUGUCUGCCCUUGCUAUGGAUAACUUUGCAGAGGGUGUCGGAGCUGUGUAUGGCAUGUUUGAUGGGGACCGAAAUGAGGAGCUCCCUCGCCUGCUCCAGUGUACAAUGGCAGAUGUGCUUUUGGAAGAAGUACAGCAGUCAACAAAUGAUACAGUUUUCAUGGCUAACACCUUCUUGGUAUCUCACAGGAAAUUAGGAAUGGCUGGCCAGAAGCUGGGCUCCUCUGCUCUCCUGUGCUACAUCCGCCCUGACACUGCUGACUCAGCAAGUAGUUUUAGCUUGACUGUGGCAAAUGUUGGUACAUGCCAAGCAGUCCUGUGCCGAAGUGGGAAGCCAGUGCCCCUUUCUAAAGUCUUCAGCCUGGAGCAGGACCCAGAGGAGGCACAAAGAGUGAAGGACCAAAAAGCCAUCAUCACAGAGGACAACAAAGUAAAUGGGGUAACCUGCUGUACCCGGAUGCUGGGUUGUACAUACCUCUACCCUUGGAUCCUCCCCAAGUCCCACAUAUCUUCCACUCCACUGACUAUUCAAGAUGAGUUGCUGAUUCUGGGAAACAAAGCAUUGUGGGAACACCUGUCCUAUACAGAAGCUGUCAGUGCAGUGCGUCAUGUGCAAGACCCAUUAGCAGCUGCCAAGAAGCUGUGCACAUUAGCCCAGAGCUAUGGCUGUCAGGAUAAUGUAGGGGCAAUGGUGGUUUAUUUGAACAUUGGUGAAGAAGGCUGCACCUGCGAAAUGAAUGGGCUCACCCUCCCAGGUCCUGUGGGAUUUGCUUCAACCACCACCAUCAAGGAUGCCCCAAAGCCAACCACUCCAUCCUCUAGCAGUGGGAUUGCCUCUGAGUUCAGCAGUGAGAUGUCCACCUCAGAGGUGAGCAGUGAAGUGGGGUCCACUGCUUCUGAUGAGCAUAAUGCUGGGAGCCUGGAUACUGCCUUGCUUCCCAGGCCAGAGCGGCGCUGCAGCCUCCAUCCAGCACCCACCUCUGGGGUGUUUCAGCGCCAGCCUUCUUGUGCUACCUUCUCCAGUAAUCAGUCUGACAAUGGCCUGGACAGUGAUGAUGAUCAGCCUGUUGAGGGGGUCAUAACCAAUGGCAGCAAGGUGGAGGUAGAAGUAGACAUUCACUGCUGCAGAGGGAGAGAUCUCGAGAGCUCACCCCCUCUUAGAGAGACUCCUACCCCGUGUCCUGAGGAACAUACUCGAGGGUUGUAUUUUGGUAUUCGAAGACAGAACAGUGUAAAUAGCGGUAUACUUCUGCCAAUGAACAAGGACAAGAUGGAGUUACAGAAGUCUCCCUCCACCUCCUGUCUGUAUGGAAAGAAACUCUCCAAUGGCUCAAUCGUGCCCCUAGAAGACAGCUUGAACCUCAUUGAAGUGGCCACAGAAGCACCCAAGAGGAAAACUGGCUAUUUUGCUGCCCCUACUCAGAUGGAACCAGAGGAUCAAUUUGUUGUACCUCGUGACCUGGAAGAAGAAGUGAAGGAGCAAAUGAAACAGCACCAGGAAAGCAGGCUUGAGCACGAGCCCAACGAAGAGGAUCGGACCGAGCCCCCAGAGGAGUUUGACACAGCGCUGUGACUGCCCCGCAGGGGACACAGUGUGAGAGGAGGCUGUACAGUGUUGGGGUAGGGACCCUGCCAGGGGCAUUUGCCUCUACAUUUCUAAACCAUAGAUGAGUGAGGUAGAACUCGGAGCCAAAAAGGGUGAGCGCUAUCAGGGUCUGGCUCUGGAUAAGCUAGUAGCCACCAUCAGUGUUAAGUUUCACAUUUAACCUGCGUUGGAAUUCCCAGAGUUAUUGGGAAGAAAGCAGCUGUUCUAUAUCAGUCCUACCACCUGCCAUUAACCCUUUCUCUCCUAGGAUCAUUCUGAGAAUUUGCCUGCCUGGGCAGGAAAGGGACUAUUUCUGUGGAGGAAAUAAUUGAAGAUUGAUUCCCUUUACUAAUUGCUGCUGGUGGAUCUCUGUGACAGAGAAAUCACUUUAUCUCCCAGACUAACUAAUGGGGUGUGAUGUGACUAGUCACAUGGCUUUUCAUUCUUCUCUACGAGAAUACAGCCUAUCAAAAUAAUGUCUAUUGGAAAUGUAGAACCAAUCAAACAUAUACUUUAUGUGUGUAAUGUAAUGAGAGCACUUUCCAUUGACUGUGAACUUUUUAUUUUUGAAUCUGCACUCGAGCCAAUCUUCUUAGAGGCAGCCUGGCACCUUUGUCCGUAGGUAGAGAGCUAUUGGGUGUUAGCGUCUUCUCUGAGCGUUCUAGGAAGGACCCUGGGAAAUUGAUUUAAGUGUUGGAUGUUAGACUGUGAAAGCUCCUGAGGAACUUAGGGUAGUAGGAUCUUUUGGGGAUGAAAACGGAGGAGUGAGGACUAAAAUUACUUUGCCCCCAAAUCAGAAAAAGAGAAUUACCCCUUACACCUGCUAGGAAUUUUCCAGCAGAUGACAAGGGAGGCAUUUGGGGAUUGGCCUCUUUCCCUAACAUGUGGUGGUUGGCAGUCAGCUUCCUAAUGGGGAAAGCCAAGACUGACACUGCUCGCAUCCACGUAACCUUGAGUUAUGGCUGAUGACUGAAACAGAAUGAGGCCAAUGAAAACAGCUGGGUAGAUGGAGCUCACAGAUUAGACUUGUUCCUUCUCUUAUGCUAGAGCAAAGGGAUUGUUUUCUAGAAUGCUGGAAGUGAGUCGAGGGGGCUUACCUUUUGAAUGUUGAACAGUGUACUCUUCUGAAAACUGCUUAUUCACCUCAUGUGAUUUCAGAUUACUGGGCUCAAAUA